AUGCCGGCGUUAUCACCUACAAUGACAAUGGGAAAUGUGGGAACAUGGCAAAAGAAAAUCGGUGAUCAGGUAUCGCCCGGUGAUGUGUUGGUUGAGAUCGAAACUGAUAAAGCGCAGAUGGAUUUCGAGUGCCAGGAAGAGGGAUACCUUGCUAAAAUACUUGUAGAAAGUGGAACAAAGGAAGUUAAAGUUGGCCAGCCGAUUGCAGUAUUAGUAGAAGGACAAGAGGAUGUCGACAAAUUUGCAGAUUAUACAGUUGAAGGUACUGAUUUAGCUCCGCCUUCACCAAAGAAAGAACCUAAAGAGCAACCACCUGAACCUCAAAAAACGCCGGAAUCAAAAGCGUCCUCAACGACAACUACACAGUCAUCUACUACUCCCUCUUCCUCUGAUAGAAUAUUUGCCAGUCCACUAGCGCGUAAAUUAGCGGAAGAGCGUGGAAUCCCACUCGAUCAAAUCACUGGAACUGGACCAAACGACCGUAUCAUUAAAGCGGAUGUUGAGAGUUUUGUCGCCACCACACCUCCUUCACCCGCAACACCUCAACCUGGAGUCGAAUACACUGACAUCCCAUUAUCUAAUAUACGCAGAGUUAUUGCAGCUCGUCUAACCGAAUCAAAACAGACAGUCCCUCAUUAUUAUUUAACAAUUGAGGUCGAAAUGGAUAAAGUGUUGAAACUUCGAGAGGUGUUGAACAAAGACAGUGAUGGCAGUUAUAAAUUAUCUGUCAAUGAUUUUAUAAUAAAGGCAUCUGCAUUGGCUCUUAAAAAUGUGCCAGAAGUGAAUAGUGCAUGGCAUGGUGAAUUUAUAAGACAACAUCAUAAUUCAGAUAUCUCUAUUGCGACAGCUACCCCUACUGGUCUAAUAACUCCAAUUAUAACAAAAGCAGAAACAAAAGGAUUAGCUUUUAUAUCGAAUCAGGUUAAAGAAUUGGCCGGUAGAGCACGCGAAGGAAAAUUAGCACCACAUGAAUUUCAGGGAGGAUCAUUUUCAAUCUCUAACUUGGGGAUGUAUGGCAUAAAGUCAUUCACUGCCAUUAUCAAUCCUCCACAAUCAUGUAUUCUUGCUGUUGGAAGCACAACAAAGAAAUUAGUUCCUGAUGAGAACCAAACCACGGGCUACAGAGUGGCAAAUACAAUGCACGUAACACUUUCAUGUGAUCACCGAGUAGUUGAUGGCGCUGUUGGUGCACAAUGGUUGAAAGCAUGGAGGAGUUAUAUCGAAAAUCCACUGCGUCUUCUUCUAUAG